UCGCGUCCCGCGCACGCCGCCGCCGAACUUUUCAUUCACCGGGGAAAAAAGUGUGGCAAGGCCGCUGUGACGUCACCGCGUCAAGUGGCCACGCGCGCGUUCCCUAGCAACGUGACGUCUCGUCAUUAGCCCUUCGCGGGAACUUGAUAAGGAGUGCGUGAACGUUGUGCGGCCGAGUAUGUUUGCGGUGAGUGACAAUGUAUCGGCGCUGCGGUGGAGUUCGACAGUGUGGAGUGGCGAGUGACAUGUAGCGCAGCGGGACACGGUGGACUUGAUGUGCAGCACGCAGCGCUCGCGGGUGUCGAGGAUGCACCUGACGGGCGCCACAAGCGGCGCCGUGUCGCCCGAUACCAGCUCUACGCUGCUCCAUGAGACGUACACCAAGAUGACGUCGGAUAUCCUCGCCGAGCGAACGCUGGGGGACUUCCUUUCGGAGCACCCUGGCGAGCUGGUGAGGACGGGAAGUCCUCACUUUGUGUGUACUGUGUUGCCGCCGCAUUGGAGAUCAAACAAGACGUUACCAGUGGCCUUUAAAGUGGUCGCGUUAGGGGACGUCGGCGAUGGAACGUUGGUGACGGUGCGGGCUGGCAACGACGAGAACUGCUGUGCGGAGCUGCGCAAUUGUUCGGCGGUGAUGAAAAACCAGGUGGCGAAGUUCAAUGAUCUGAGGUUCGUCGGACGGAGCGGUCGCGGUAAAUCGUUUACACUAACUAUAACGAUAUCGACGUCGCCGCCGCAAGUAACUACCUACAACAAAGCCAUCAAAGUCACUGUCGACGGACCCCGGGAGCCCCGCUCUAAAACCAUGUUGUCUCUCCUAGGGCAGCAGCAGCAGUUCCACUUCGCGUUUGGCCAGCGACCGUUCCCGUUUCCACCGGACCCACUGGGCGGGUUUCGUAUGCCGCCCAUCACAACUUGUCAGAACAUGAGCCAGUUCGGCCUCAGCUCGAGCAACUCACACUGGGGCUACGGCGGCGCGGGCGCAUAUCCCGCGUACUUGCCAUCGUGCGCUGCACCCGCUGCCUCACAGUUCAACCCUCCGGCGCUCGGAUUUGCCGGCACAGUGCCUGAACAGACACCUACGCAGGACUUUACAGCUAACAAUACUGUUCUCCCGGACACGACUGGUGUCGACCUGGACCAGCAACUCUCCGGGUUAGUGGGCUCGUCACCAUCGCACCACGGCAGUCUCAUCCCUCGCUACAACAACAACACGGACUACAGUCUUUCAACUGGCCCUAGGUCUCUAAGCGACAAUAGCUCACAACCCGAAUCACCAGUGCAGGACGAUCUCCUAACUUCUAAUACUACUACAAACGUCGGACACAAUAACACGAAUACUUCCAACUUUCCGUCCCUAAUGGGCUCUCAAAACUCCUCGUAUGGAAGUAGUAAUUGCAACAAUUCUCUGUACCCCGUGUUGCCGGCGAGUUUGCUCUACAGCCAGCUUUACACGGCAGCAAAUCAGACGCAUAAUUUCCACCCGCUGCAUUCGAAUACUAUACACUCGACGCAGAACCAUCAUAACGAAUUACAGACAAUGAUGGAUCAAAUAUCUUCGACUACUAACAAUCAUCGGCAGCAUAAUCACAGCAAUCAUGGUCAAGGGGACUUGCUGCUCGGUGGGGGAAACUCAUGCGCGGCUGCAGCAGCUAGAAGUGAAGAUGUGAGGGUUAAUAACCUUGGCCAAAGAGGCAAUCCUCAACCAGACAGUAAUACUGUAUGGCGGCCAUACUAAAACCAGUGCGACGCUGCUUUUUCUCAGGUGAUGUUCUAAUCGAAAACAUUUUAUGUGUUGUGAUUCAAGUGUAAUUAGUGAAGAAAAGUUGCGUCGAUACCUCAAAGUACUUUUGUAUAGUUUACAGUAGAUAUUUAAGUAUUUAAGUAAUGUGAAAAAUGUCAUAUUGUUUUCGUUACCGUGCAAUCACACCUUAUAAUAAUUACGACGAUGUUGUACCAGCUACAUCACUUAGGUAAGUAUUAAAUAAUAUUGCAACGAGAUAGAUUUUUGAUUAAUGUUAUUAUUAAAAUUAAAAAUACUUUAAACUUUCGGGUUAUUUAGUGAAAAUUGUACAUUAAUGUCGUGGUUUUUCUAAAAUUCGCUCCCGUCCUGAGAAUAUACGAUUUUUGUGUUUUCGAAUAAUACCUGAAGAAUUGUGUUGUAUUGUUUUUAAAUUACAUUUUAGAAAACGAAUUGGUCACACGCUAGAUAUGUGAAUGGAAGCAGGUGAAAACUGUAUUUUUGUAAUUUUGUUGUUAUCACUAUGUAUUGAUAAUUAAUUAACCG